AAUAAUAAUAACUCCAUAAUAGCAACAAUCUCUCUCUACAUUCUCUCUCUUCAAAUCUCUUCUCCUCUCGCUCACUUCCUCUUCCUCAAUCGCGAUCCAUUUCUGCAAAAUCACCCCCAAAUUAUCAAUUUCACGCUAUUCCAUUCACAAAUUCUAUACCUAACCUUCGAUCCGCAUCCCCAAUCUUCAGAAAUUCCUAACCCUAGUUUCCCCCCCUUUUUUAUUGCACAAACCCUCGAUAAUUGUUGUCCCUUAGUUUUUUCUCGGAGCAUAAAUUCAUGGAUACUGCACAAUAUUUUUGAAUUGAAUCUCUAUCUCCCGUGAAUCCGUGUUCUGAAUUUUGCUCAAGGGGUGAUGAUUUGUAUAUACCAAUCUUUACGUUUCUUUCGGGAAUUUCAUUGAAGGAGAGAGUAGUUUUUUCAACUUUUUUCCGGGGUGGUGUUGCUCGAUUUUCGCAAAAGAGGAAGCUUGAGAGGGUUUUGGAUGACGGGUCUCGUUGAUUGAGCUGGAUCAGUGAGUGGGAUUGUUUGUAGGUUUUGGGUUUUUUGAUAGCUUUGGAGAUUUUCGUUUAAGGUUUUUUUAGAAAUAAAUGAUGAAAAAGCAGGGAUUGUUGGUCUUAUAGUUGAACUAGAACAAUAAUACUGAUAUUUUGGGUUUUUUUUAUCUGUGUACUGUACUGUGUUUGGUGUUGAAACAGAAAUAUUUGGUCAAAUAUAGUUCUCAAGAAAAGUGUUGAACAUGUGUUAUGAGUUCUAUGAUUGAUGAGGGCUAGUGCUCUUUGUGGGUUGUAGUAAUACUCUGCAUUGUUCAUCGGUUGAAAAUAUUUGACAUUGGUUAUCGACUUUGUUAGCAUAAGUGUUGUGUGGAGGGAACAAAAUGAGCUUAGAAAACGAAGAUCAGAACUUGUUGGAUCAGGCAACUGAUAAUGGAUUGCAAAAGAAGUUGAAAAUUUCAUACACAAGAGAGUUUUUGUUAUCUGUUAGUGGAUUGGAUGUAUGCAAAGAGUUUCCUAGUGGGUUUGAUCAAUCACUUUUAAGUGAAUUUGAAGAUGCUUCCCUGGAUCGACAUAGAAGUACUGGUGCUCUAUCAACACAUAGUUUCAGACGCAAUGAGUACAGUUCAUCACCUCCAACCAGAGGGGAUACAAAUAACUUUUCGCGGGGAACUCAUGGAAAAUGGGAUUCUCGCUCUUCUGGACGUUCAGACAGAGACAGUGAUUCUCAAUCAGAAUGGGAUUCAGAUUCUGGAAAACGUAUUGGCAACCAGUCUCGGAGAUCUUUGCAAGGUCCUGAGCACGAUGGACUUCUUGGUAGUGGCUCUUUUCCAAGACCUGCUGGGUAUGCACCUGGGUUGUCUGCUCCUAAGUUUCGAGCUAAUGACAAUUACCAGCCAAAUCGGUCUAAUGAGCCCUAUCAUCCUCCUCGUCCUUAUAAGGCACCUCACUCUCGUAGAGAAACUAAUGACACUUUCAAUGAUGAAACUUUUGGCUCUUUGGAGUGUACAAGUGAGGACAGGGCAGAAGAGGAAAAAAAGAGAAGAGCCUCUUUCGAGUUGAUGAGAAAAGAGCAAACUGAAAAGCUUAAGAUGAAUCCAGACAAGAAUAAAGUGGAUUUUGACCUUUCUUCACUCAUCGACGAUGAUUCAAAAAGUAAUGAUGAGAAAUCUUCUUCCCAUUCACAUGCUUCAGCAAGACCACUUGUACCCCCUGGUUUUGCAAACACAGUGUUGGAAAGGAAUAUGGGUAGCAAAAUAUCCUCCAACACUCAUGUAGCAGAGGCUGGAAAACCUGAGCCUGGAGAUACCCGAAGUAGCCAUGUAUUCAGUAUAAAUCCUGAAAAUAAAGAAGGAAACUUAUCAACCAUGCAAGUGGAUAACAAUCAACAGAAUCUUCAAAGGGCAGAUAUAAAUUUUUCAAUCAACAAUGAGAAAGAAAAUACUUUUAAUUUAUCAUCUUCUGUGGAUAUCCCCAAUAUUAAGAUUGGAAUUAAUGAUCAACUAAGAAAGAGAUAUGCUCUUUCAGAAGCCUUGGAAGCAUCAGAUGACAAUACAUUUAUUCCACUUAAGGCUGAAGUGAAAGGAAAGGAGGCCAUAGGAUCAGCUUUCAAUCCUGAGAGUUCCGAGUCUAUCCUAUACAAGCUUUUUGGUAAUGCUUCAACGCUAACCAGUGGCAUAUCUACUAGUAUUGUUGAGCAGCCUGAUCAUAAAGCAGAUGAGACAUGGAGUCCACAUGCCAUCCAAUCUUCGAAGUUUGCUCAUUGGUUUGCUGAAGAAGAAAAGAAGUCAAUGGAUGACUUGACACCUAAGCCAAAUGACCUGCUCUCGCUUAUUGUUGGCGGUGAAAAGAGUGGGUUGCAGGCUUCCAAUGUAGAAACAACACAUCAUGUUGCACCAAAUUCUAGUUUCCAAAAUCCUGAACCUGCUGGUGAGCGCGUACCAAAUGUAACACAUACCACUAUUAGUAACUCUGAGCUAUCUUACAAGAGCGAUGUGCCUGAGAUUUUACCUGCAGUUCUUACAUGUGAAGAUCUCGAACAGUCAAUUCUAUCACAAGUUAGUGAAAACGGUUCGUCAUCUCAGCAGCGCAUGCAGGACAAAGAUUUUGGUGCAAAGGCUGGACAGUCCAAUUCAAUUGAUGGUCAUGCUUCCGAGCACCUUCUUUCUUUGUUACAGAAAGGACCCUUGCAUAAAGAUAUGGAACUAUCAUCUGUUAUACAUUCUACUGACACAGUGCACAACACUGAAAGAGCAACUACUGGAAAAUUUCUUGAUAAUCCAGAGGAAGUAAAUGCAGAUGCUUCUAAUUCAUCAAAAACAUUGACGCUGGAAACACUUUUUGGAUCAGCUUUUAUGAAGGAGCUGCAAUCAGUUGGAGCACCCCUUUCUGUUCAAAGAAGUUCAAUUGGAUCUGCAGGUGCUGAUUUUUCAGAGUCUCAGUUGUUUCCUUUCCCUACCUCAGACAAUGUCAAUCCUCCUACCGGCGAGCUUGCACCGAACAGACAUGGAAAUGGUGGUGCCUUUCCUUCAGAAAAAACUCAUCAACCCAAAUCAAAUAGAUUUGAAGAGCAGUGGUUAGGUUAUGGUGAUUCUCAUGGAGAUGUUAAUUCAUCGCUACUUCAAACUGGAAUUUCCAAGGCUAGUGGUUUCAAUCGAUCUCACGAUUUUCGCCUCCCUGAAGAAGAUAAUUUGAUUUCUGCUGGCGAUCCUCUGCAAACCUUUUUAUCUGUUGGAAAUUCAGCUAAGGCAGAUUUGUCUCAAGACACACCUGCUGAGAUUACUAGAAAACUGGCAGCUCUGAAUUCUGCAUUUAGAGACGAACGACUUAUGAUGAGAAAUCAAGGUCAAGCGUACCCUCGUGGUCCUUAUGAUAUAAGGGAACCCGGUAAUCCAUAUCAAAAUCUUAACGCCCACCGACCUUCACAGCUCCAACCCCAUCAGUUGAAUCACAUUGGUCCAAUGUUCAAUCAACCGGACUCUCACUCUCCUCAUAUUAGUUCUUAUAUGAACCAUGCAACUUCUGAAGGCAUGGUUCAUCAUGAUUCUCCAUCCAACCGUCAAUUUCCAGGAAAUAUGCUUCGUCCUCCUUUCCAUCAACCAAACAGUGUUGUAACUGGGUUUGAUCCUCCUGUUCAUCACCCUCUGUUACAGCAGAUGCAUAUGCAAGGGAACCUUCCUCCACCUCAUCUAUUACGAGGUUUCCCGAGGGGCGGGGCUAUGCCCCCUCAUCUCAGUAAUCCGAUGUCUGGUAUUAUGCAGGAACCAAACCCAAUGCAAGGCUUCCCAUUUAAUGGCCAGCAGCAUCCUGGUUUAGGGGGCCCUGGAAUGCAAUUGCAAGCUCCAGGAGUUGCUGGUGGAAGGAAUCAUCCAGAAGCACUUCAGAGGCUUUUUGAGAUGGAGCUUAGGUCAAACUCAAAGCCAAUCCAUAGUUCAGGGCACAAUCAGGGGGGGAUUCAUGAACUAGACUUGGGGUUUGGAUAUAGAUAGUGUAUUAUCAUUGUUGAUGUGUAUACUAACUAGAUUGUAUUCUCCAAAUGUUGAUCUAUAACCCUCUCGUGCAUGAAAGAUGAUAAUGGGUUUACUGUGUUGUUUUUCUUUGUUGUAAUUAAUGAAUGCUCUUCAAUUUUCAUCUUAAUGACAUUUCAACUCGCCGCUA